CACUAGCAGAAGAGUGACACGCCAUUCAAUUGCUGCCUGGCCCUGUGGUUGAGGGAAGCAGGAGGGAGCUUCAAGCGUUCUCGGACACUGGGAUAAUAAUAUCUGAUACGCGGUAGUAGCCGAUUGCAUCUGCGCCGAGCAAAACUGCAGUGAAUCUCGCCAAAAUGGGAGUCCGCAAAAAGACUAACAAGAAUCCGCCGGUGUUGAGCCAUGAGUUUAUCAUCCAGAACCAUGCAGAUAUUGUUUCCUGUGUUGCUAUGGUGUUCCUUCUCGGGCUGAUGUUUGAGGUCACAUCCAAGGUUGCAGUGUUGUUCAUAACGGUCCAGUACAAUGUCACCAUCUCAACAAAUGAAGGCCUCGAGGAAACAGCUGUGAACCACUUCCACCAUGGCAUCAAGGACCUCGCUACUGUCUUCUUCUACAUGCUGGUGGCCAUCAUCAUGCAUGCCAUCAUUCAGGAGUAUGUGCUGGAUAAAAUCAACAGGAAGAUGCACUUCUCCAAGACCAAACACAGCAAAUUCAACGAGUCCGGACAGCUCAGCGCCUUCUACCUGUUUUCCUUCGGCUGGGGCUUAAGCAUCUUGCUCUCUGAAAACUUCCUGUCCAACCCCAUCAGCCUGUGGGAGGGAUAUCCCCAUACAUUGAUGCCAUUCCAGAUGAAAUUCUACUACAUUUGUCAGCUGGGCUACUGGUUACACGCUCUCCCAGAACUGUAUUUCCAAAAGACAAAGAAGGAGGAUAUUCCACGCCAGCUUGUGUACAUCUCCCUGUACCUGGUCCACAUUGCAGGCGCCUACAUUCUGAAUCUGAACCGUCUGGGUCUGGUCCUGCUAGUGUUGCACUACUUUGUCGAGCUGCUCUUCCACGUCUCCCGCCUGGUCUAUUUCAGCAAUGAAAACAGGCAAACGGGGUUCACCAUAUGGGCUGUGUUGUUUGUCCUGGGACGGCUUCUCACCCUGUCCUUGUCUGUCCUCACUGUGGGCUUCGGCCUUGCCACAGCUGAGCAGCAAGGCCUAGAUUUGGCUGCAGGAAACUUUAACAUACUCUUUGUUCGGAUUACUGUCCUGGCUGCUAUUUGCAUCACUCAGGCGUUCAUGAUGUGGAAAUUCAUCAACUUCCAGCUGCGCCGGUGGAGAGAGCACGCCCAGGCUCAGAGCCUGAAAAAGAAACAAGCUCCUUCCAAGAGCAAAUCAAAGAAAGACAAAGCCAAUGGGGUAAAUGGAGUGAGUUCCAAUGGAGCUGAUUCGCCCAGAGCAGGGAAAGAGAAGUCAUCGUAAAUACACGCCUGUCCCCUCUCCAAGACUCGUGUCCCCCCUGUGCCUCACUGGCUGUAUCCAACCAACCGACCCUCCAGCUCUCCACCAUAAUAUGCAUCUUCAGCUCCCACAGGACUGACCUCGCAGCUGGACAUCAAGGGCCAGAAUGCAUUGAGCUUUGCUUGUUGCCAGUCGUCCAGCACGCCUUGAUUUAAGAAUCAUUGCUCUGCUGUGCCAUUACAAAUGAAAAUAAUACACAUUGAAAAAAAAUUUAAAAAUAAACUAUAAAAAAAGACCUUAUUUAAAAAGUGCCUAAUGAUACAGAUUGUUUUGUACAGGGUGUGUGGUUUUAAAAAUUCAGGAAUGGUGACUUCAGUGUUUGAUAUUUUUCCCAAGUCAGGUCAUUUUGUGCUUUUUUUUCUUCUUAAAUACUGUAUAUGCCAGAUUGUAUUUUUUUUUCAUCUGUUGGCAAUUUUUUUUUUUUUUUAAAUUUCCAGUUCAGAUCCUCCUCAUUGCCAUUAAGCUCCCUUUAUCCCUUUUCUGGGGGAUUUACUUAGACAUUGUAAGCUAAGAGUUUAUGAUUUUCUUUCUCCUUUAAUACUCCUCAUUGUAUGCAACCUUGCAUUAAGGAAGACUUGUUAUACCAUCUCAUCUUCAGUAGAACAGUUCAUACACAUACUGUAGUUAGUGAUGACAUUUUCUCUCAGCUGGACACAGUACAAGUACAUGUUUUGGGCAUGUCACUGGCCCAUAUUCAGAUACAGAUCAUAUACGUAGAUGAAAGCAAGGUAACAAAUACAUAAGUAGUUUUCAGUAUCCACUCAUGGAUAGAAGACUGAGGAGUACUUAAAAGAACCAAGGACAUGACAUAGCAUCACCAUGUAAGAAAUAGAUUCACUACCCGGUUAUGUGCUAAAUUAACAAUGUCAGACUGCCAGCUAAGAUGUCAGAAUAAGAUGAUGUAGCAUUAAAUGGUUGGAGCUCUGCACAGCCUUCCAUUCACAAUGGACCAUAUUCCUUCCUAUGAAGUUAUACUGAAUUUAUGCCACUUUUGUUUGAAAUACUACAAUCCAAUGGCCAGGCGUUAUGUUUUGCUUUUGAGUUAUACAAGAUUGAAAAUGAGACAGAACACAUACCCAUGACAAAGUAUUCCUUUGUGAGGCUGACUGAAUAACUGUCUUGUAUGUGCCAUCUUCAUUUGCUGUACACAAGGAAUGGAUUGCUGCAUUUGUUUGGCCUUGCAUAGAACUGGUGACCUUAAAAAUGUCCACGAGAAUAAUUUGUUGUAAAAACAUGGACUGGGAAUGAGAAAAA